CUCCUCUCUGAUAUUAUUUUCUCUCAGCUCUCUCUCUCUCCUCUUUCUUGACCUAACCCAGCGUCCGGAUUUCGGGCAAAAUGCUAGCCUAGCCUGUUCGCUCUAACAGUUUGAUCGUCUCUCCUCUCUUUUUACGGAAAGCCACACUGCAACGGGGAGCUUCUUGCCGGAGCCACAUUCAUGGCGAAAGCAAACGGAGUCGUUUACUCAUCGGUGAAAUCUCCGCAGCACCCUAAGCUAUACUCUACGCACCACUGUGCUAACAAUUACAAUAAAGCCCCUGUUCAUUGCUCGAUGUCGAAACUCAAGUUUUCCACAAAGGGAUUUUGGAUUUCGGGUGGAAAUUUAGAAAGUCCCGUUGUGCCUCGAAGGUGUUCGGUGAAAUGUCAGUCCACAGAAAGAAAAAAUAAUACCGAAACUAAAGAGCGUGUGCGACAUAGCUCUAAACGAGGUGGAUUGGCUGAAGCAUGUAGAUUUGUUUCUAGUGAUGCGAAAUUCGUGAACGAAAGGGCUAAAAACGACAUUGUACUUCUUUCACGAGGCUUAAUGAUGCUGGACGCCCGUGCACGACAAGAUGUUGCGUUUCUCGGUACAACGUUUCUCAAGCUCGAUGCGCGUGCAAGGGAAGAUACCGAAAAAAUCGAUUAUAAUGUAAAGAAAAGAGCUGAAAGGCUUCAUCAUGUUGCAACUAUUCUGAAAAAUAUUGUUGAAUCGAAGUUGAAAAGUGCAGCUGACAAGCACUGGAGUGACGGUGCGUUAGAGGCGGAUUUGAAGCGAGCUGACUUUGCUGCCAAGCAACGCGCAAUGGAAGAUUCUGUGAUGGCAUUGGAGCUUGUCAAAAACCUUCAUGAUAUGAUGGUGACCAAAAUGGACAAAUUGAAAAAAGAUUCUUCAAACACGAGCGAGGAAUCGGGGCAUAUAACACUUGAAAAGAACGGGAAAACUCUUGAUUUUAUUCACGGAGAGGUAUCUACCGAUCGUAUUAAUGCAAUUCAGGAUGCUUAUUUGAGCAUAGCUUCUGCACUUUCUGAAGCUGAUGGAAUCGACUACACCGAUCCUGAAGAGCUUGAGUUGGUCGUGGCAGCUCUUAUCGAUCUCGACGCAAUGGAUGGUAAAAGUAGUGUAUCUCUAUUGGCAGAGUGUUCAAGUUCUCCUGAUGUCAGCACCAGGAGAGCACUAGCUAACGCGUUAUCAACUGCUCCAUCAAUGUGGACUCUUGGAAAUGCUGGCAUGGGAGCUCUACAGAGACUGGCUGAAGAUAGCAACCCUGCAAUAGCGGAAGCAGCGGGUAAAACGAUCAAUGAAUUAAAGAAACAAUGGGAGAUCGAGGAAGGUGACAGCUGGCGGUUCAUGAUGAAUCAAACCGUACGGCCGGAAGUAAACGAAGACGACGACGACGAAGAAGAAGAUAGUGGGACCGAAUAGGAAUUGAAUCGAUAUAUAGUUUGGUUAUGUAGAUAGGAUUUGGAACCCCAUUUUUAGGUUCUAUUCUCUAAUUAACUAAUCCAUCUUUGUAUUCUCUAUCUAAUGUGAUACAAAUGUUUGUUCUACUCUUGCUUUUGUAUCAAGUAAUCAUCGACGUCUAUGAAAUAAAACAAAGACGAGAACUACUUGUUCGGACAUUGUUAAGGUUUUUUUCGACGAAUACUAUAUUUUAGUUUGUUUGA